AACCAUUUUGUUUGAUAACUUGUGGGUCGUCCAUAUGAAAAUAAAGUUUAGAUUUAACAGUAAAUUGUAUUUUUGAAUUAUAUGAAAGGUUCCGGCGAUUGAAAAAGCAGAAGAUGAUUACCAAGGUUAUAGUUCUAGCAUUUACAUUGGUACUAUUGUUCCAAGGAUACGUAGCACUUGAUUCAUGUGCGACGCCUGGGUUCUACCUGUCCAGUGAUAAUAACUAUUGUUUCGCCUACUCUGCUCUUAGCAGAGAAGCACAUACGCACUCAAUUAUGUGUCACGCAUAUGGCAGCAAAUUGGUCAACAUAGAAGAUGCUGAUAAGCUGUCAAAAGUUGCGGCAUUUUUGAGUGGUAAAGGCGUGACCGACACAGCAAGCGUCUUCAUUGGUUUGACAAAUAUGUUAAAUAAUGCUAAGGUAUGGGUAUGGCAUGGCGGAAACAAAACCGAUUACACUAAUUGGGCAUUUGGCCAGCCAGCAAUUGCUAACAGAGAUAAUUGUGUCUUAAUGACGGCAGGAAAUCCCGACAAUAAGUGGAAAGCGGCUUCGUGUUUAACUGGAGCAUUUGCUGUGUGUGAACGAGAGGUAACUAUGUUGUUUUUUUUAUAA